UAUUUCAAAUAACCUCAAGCCUCACUAGUUUUCAUAUUUCUCAAAUAUCUUCCUUAGACAGCCACCACCAUUGGAUCGAAUUCUGUUUGAAUUCGGUCUGAUGGUUUGGGAGUUCUAAUAAGUCUAAGGUAAUCAAAAUUCUAAAGUUUAACAUCUCUUAAAAUAAGGUGUUUUCUUUCUCCUGUGUUACUCUGGUGUUGUUUUGUUCUCUGGAACAGAAUUUGGUACUACUUGAUCAGUAUCAGAAGAUGGACAAGGUGAUGAGGUUGGCUUCUGAAAAGGGUGUUGUGAUUUUCACAAAGAGCUCUUGUUGCCUCUGCUACGCGGUCAACAUUCUGUUUCAAGAAAUUGGGGUGAGGCCAGUGGUUCAUGAAAUUGACCAGGACCCUGAAGGCAGGGAAAUGGAGAAAGCUCUAUUGAGGCUCGGCUGCCCCGUGCCUGUCCCGGCAGUGUUCAUAGGAGGGAAGCUAAUGGGAUCCACCAAUGAAAUCAUGUCCCUCCACCUUAGCGGUUCGCUGACUCAGUUGCUGAAACCAUAUCAAUCUUGAAAAAGAAACACAUGACAGUUCCUGAAUCCUGAUGAUGAUACCUUGCUUGAAGAAUAAACUGGCAUCAAUUAGUAGAAUAGUAGUGACCUUAGUAUUGAUAGUCUAUGUAGUACUUUAUGUCUGAAGUGCUUUCUACCAUUUGAUUAGCUAUUAUGUAAUCAGAUAAAUAUUCGUAAAUCUUAAUGAAGCUUUAUUUAUAUA